AUGAAACUUUUGCAGCCUCAUAGGUCAGAAGGACGGUGCCGUGCGCAGAGGCGGCAGCAACAUCCGCGACCUGAGCCGGGAGAAGAAGAAGAAGAAACCUGCCUCGAAAUAGAAGUGAACAACUCCAGAGAUGACUAUGCCGGCACAGUUUCUGGUGUUAUGUGUUUGUAUUUUGGGGUUUUUCCAUGUGGAAGGAACAACAAACACCCUGAGCUCUCAGGAUUCUUCUUUCUGUCAUGGUGGACUAGAGGUGAUAUAUCCAGGACUGGACAUUGACAAAUGCCUCAUAAUUCCAAAGGAGCUGAAACUCAGAGAAAAGAUCAGCACAGUUUGGAAGACCCCGCAGAUUUACUUCUCUGGAGCACACAAGAAAAAGAUGUACGUUCUUGUCAUGGUUGAUCCUGAUGCUCCAAGCCGUAUCAAACCAACAUCUGCUUACUGGAGACACUGGCUGGUCGUGGACAUACAGGGCAAUGCACUUAAGAAAGGACACAUACAAGGGACGACCCUCACUGAAUACGCUCCACCAACACCACCACAGAAGUCUGGGUUUCACCGCUACCAGUUCAUGUUGUUUGAGCAGCUUCCAAAUGCACCAGUGUCACUCACCGUGCAGGAGAGGUCGUCCCGCGGAAAAUGGGAUCUUGAGGCCUUCAUCACAAGAUUUCAUCUGGGAGAACCUGUGGCCGCUCUCCAGUUUCUCACCCAAAACUACAAAAACUGAAGAUGCUCAGAAGCCUGAAAGGUGUUCUGGAAGAAGACUCCGUCAGUGCAUUGAUAGAAAAUAAGACUUUCCCUGAAUUAAGCAGCAUCCAUUCUUCAAAGCUUGCCACAGGUCAGCCCUCUCUGCCUCUAUCUUAUCAUUGAGUUAGAUAGAGAUUUCCUCUUUGUGUUACACCAGCUGCUGGGUUUUGAUGUUGCCCCGUAUCUCUGUCACGUGGUCUGGGGCGAAGGAUUUGGGAGAUAGAUUUUGACCUCACUGGGGAUUUCUUAUUAGUUUCCGAACGCUGUCGGCAAGAGAAGGAAGACGGCCUGAUAUCACAACUCAGUGUGGAAAGAGUUGAUUCUAAUUCAGGGGCGGAAACACGUCAGGGCCAAAAAAAGGAAGUGGGAGGUGAAACCGAGACCGCAACACAGCCGGAUGCCGCAGUGGAACUUGAACCAAAAUACUCUACAGAGUGACAGGGCAGGGGGAGGGGCUGCAGGGCCUGUGCUGUAUUGGGUGAAGGGAAGUUGCUGUAAUUGUUUAUCAUAUUUCCAUUGACCACUCUCACCCCAGUUGGAAACAUUGAGCGUCUUUCAGGUCCUUGAUUGAUCUUUUUUUCUGAAGUGAAAGCUGCUCUAACACAUGCUGAAAUGUCCUUGAAUGUAACUUUGGGACGAUGAACCCGUUUUGAACUUCGGACAGUUGCGUAAGAGGCCCACCUGGCAGGUCUGUAGAGGAUAGUGUGGAUAAACUUUUCAACCCUUUCACGAGGAGAUACUUUUCAGACUUCAUGAGUCUUUGUAGAGGGUGGGUCAGAGUACCCCCUAUGAGGAAUAUUGGUUUCUAACCAGCAACUCUCCUCUGGGAAGGGUUUGUAUCAAUACCCCAGAUGUCUGAAAAAGGCUGGAUUUACAUCAGGGACUUUGAUGUUCUAAUGAUCAAUCUUUAGUUGGUGGUUUCAUUGACCCUAAUUUGGUGUCUCAUCAGUGGGCUAGGCGGGAGUAGGUAACGGAGGUUUUUGUUCCUUUGGUGGUUAAGCCAGCCUUGGUAAACCCCUAUGUGCCCUCUCGAUGAACUCUCUGAGAUCAUUGAUCAAAUUGUCCUGCAUCUGCUUUGUUUGCUUCCCCGACUUAGCAGUCAAAGCCGCCGCGUCCACAAACAAAACAACCAAAGCGAUGCACAUGAACACACUGUUAGACAGACAGUCCGUUGCUUUUGAACAAAUGUUAAGUAUCCGUCAGUUGGAAUAUCGCUCUUGACCUUGAUUUACCCAUCUUAUUUGACUUAUUAAAUCACAUUUUUAACAAUUGGCAAGUGGAGUGUAAUUCCACACUCAUUGUGAAGCAUGCCAAGUGGGAGAGCAUUCUUCCAAAAAACCACCUACUUGAAUCCAUCAGUGCACCAUUGAAAUGCCAAGAUUUGUACUUCCAAAUACACUGUGCAUUUUUUUUCUCUCCUUUAUAUCUUGGAGAUAUUCUGCCAAAACAGCUGGGUUUUGCCACUCAGCUUCCUUGAAUGUGUUUAUUUUUACUCCAAAUGUCAGGAGAGUUGAAAUAUUCUGAUUAAGAAAAACUGACAGCUGUAGUUCAACGCUGCACAGUAUAUUGCCUUCUGUGAAAAAAAAUAACUUCUCACAUCCCCUGAUGAUAUGGGAAAGGCAUUUAAUAUGUUCUUAAUGUAUUCAAACUUACAUUAAUUAAAAGGAAUUUGUAUAAUCAAUUCAAUUGCCUAACAGGCGCUAAGUGAUCUAAUAUGCAUAUGAUGACUUGAGUCUCCUUUCUCCUUUGCUAUCUGCUGCUGAAGACGUGCAGGAGACGUACUUCACUGCAGAAUGUUUGCAGUUCAUCGCUGGUUGUGAGCAGCGGUGAAAUGUGUGACAUCUGUUCGAUGCAUGUCAACAGUAUGGGCUGUCCACUUUGCAGCAUUAAUUUUCUGUAUGUUUGACCCCGGCAGACUGGUAUUGUUCUGCACAUCUGACCGCAGAGAUUCAGCGUUAUUUAGAGCACCUGGAGACUUGAAUCCUGCCUCUGAAGAAAAUCCACACGAAUAUCUUUAUUUUUAGGCUCUAUUAAACGCCUACAACUGUUUGACCUCGAAAAGGUGCAGUUUUUCCAAGGUGCCUACGCUGGCCUUGUGACUUAAAUAACGUUUAAUCUCCUCUGUUAACUGAUAAGUGAAACUCUGCACAUAUGCAGAACAUGGCAGUGGCUGGGUACAAGCUUAAUGAUGUUCAGUUUGAACUUAAUUGUAAAGAAUGCCGUAAUUGUAAUCAGGUGAUUACAUGUAACCAUUACACUUUUAUAGUCAAACAUGUUGUCAUGUGAAAAGCAUGCUUAACUUCAUUUAAAGGAGCGUCAUUACUGUGUACUGUAAUUCAAUUUGUUGCAGGUAAGCUUAAAUAAAAUGCUGGUAGUGCUUGAAAAACUCA